AUGUCACGCGCGUCGGCCGGAUUUGCAGACUUCUUUCCCACCGCGCCAUCGGUGCUACAGCAAAAGCGCUACAAGACGGCCCAGGAUCGCCGGAAAACACAGGUGGAUGAACUCCCCGGACCCCCCCAAGGGGCAGUGCCGACCAAAGCAUCAGGGAACGCGGAGAGACCGGACAUGACAGAUGGGAGGGGACCUCCCACGCCCACAGCCCAACAGGAACCUGAAUUGACCAUCGGCACUCCGGCGCAAAACACAGAAGCCACGCUACCGCCACCUGCCAAUCCCCUUCUAUCCCAAAUCGAGACUCUGACGCCACUCACCCAGGCGGAAGCCUCGCCGCCGUGCAAGGUCAGCCCGGCGCAGGCAAACCUGGCAGGCGAAGCGGCCACAGUCCCCGCCAAACCCGAACGGGGACCCCCCAAAACUUCCAUCACCCCCAUUAACACCCCGCCCACGCCGCAGUCGCAAUCCCGCAAUCCCGAGCCGAGCGUCAUCGGUUGCAAGGUGGUGUAUGACCCUGAUCUGGAUAAGCGAACGCCAUCGAAAGAAAAGCGGAAGCUGGAGUACGUCGACAUCGCGAGCAGCAAUCAAGGCGACAAACCGGUCGAUCCGCGUCUUGCGAUCCCACAUUACACCCGAGGGUCCGGUUGCAAGCAGAAAACCAAAUACCGCCCGGCGCCGUACACGCUGAAACCAUGGGCCUACGAUGUGACCACCAGCAUCGGCCCCGGUCCCCCCGUACAAGUAGUGAUCACCGGGUUCGACCCGUUGACCCCAAUCGCACCGAUCAGCGCGCUGUUUGCGAGCUUUGGGGAAGUGGCUGAGAUCAAAAACCGCACCGACCCCAUCACAGGGCGAUUUCUCGGGAUCUGCUCCGUCAAAUACAAAGAUAGCACCCCCAGCCGCGGGGGCGGGUCGGUGUCUGCGACCAGCGCGGCCCGACGGGCCUACUUCGAAUGUAAAAAGGAACAGCGCAUUGGGACCCGUCGGAUCAGGGUCGAGCUGGACCGGGACGGCAUUAUCUCGGAUCGAAUGACUACCAAAGCCGUAGAGUCCCAACGACUGGCAUCAAAGAGCAAUCCGCCCCCGGCCAGCAAUCCGACGGCAAACGAACCCCUCAAGAAAAGCGAGCCACCGCCCACCGCGCCCAAGGGCCCUUCCGGUCGACCAUCGAUCCGCCCUGGUGUCGCCAUUCCAGACGGGCCCAGGGCCGCAGCUCGACCCUCUGCGGUUCAAUCCUUGGUGGAAGAGACUGCGAUUCUCAGUCAAAUCAAGCGCGACCCCUACAUCUUCAUUGCCCACUGCUACGUCCCAGUCCUCAGCACGACCGUUCCGCAUCUCAGGAAGAGACUGCGACUCUUUGCAUACAAAUACAUCCGUUGCGACAAGACCGGUUACUACAUCAUAUUCGAGAACUCGCGCCGAGGCGAGGAGGAGACCGAACGAUGCCAUCGAUUAUGCCAUAUGCAGCCUUUGUUCACGUACAUCAUGAACAUGGAAAGCCAGCCAUACGGAAAUCCGAAUUACGAGCGAAGCCCAAGCCCUGAGCGUCUGCGCGCGGAACGACGAGACAAGGCAGCGAAGGACCGGACCAAAAGGGAAGCUGACUUGGAUGUCGAGGAGGAAAAGAAACAGCGCGCGCUGGACUUGGAUCCCUGCCGGGAGGUGCUGUCCAUCAUCAUUCGUGAUCUGAGGGACAAACUGCUCGAGGACGUCAAGUCGCGGAUCGCUGCUCCGGCCCUCUAUGACUAUUUAGAGCCGAGCAAACAUGUGGCCAAACGGGAGAGGCUAGGGAUUGCGGAUCCGGAGGGAACCAAGCGGCCCGUCUUCCGGAUUGAUAGCACACUCGGUACUCCCGACCCGCGGGCAGAUUUCCCCGCCGGGCGAGAUCCUUCCCAAUCCUCGGGCCUCAACGUCCUUGCUCUUCCUCGUAUCCGAAAAGCCCAUGGGCUCGACCGUGCAGGUGCUGCCUUUUUGGAUGAACGGCGCAGGCAACCACUGCGGAAAAAAGAAGUCCGUCCUUUAUAUCAUCGCCUUCAACAGUUGCACGACGAUGAGGACUCGGACGACGAGCAGCAUACACCUGUUGCUCAGGAUACCGAUGAGCGCGAUAGCAGACCCUUGAGUCGCGCAAGUUCGACUUCAUCUGAGUUCGGACGAGACCGCGGGUAUCAAUCAGAUGAUCUACGCUCAUCGCAAGAAAGUGACGAGCAUGUCCCGGCCACCGACGAGGCCCCUCAUGGCCUUCCCAGCGGCGUGGGACGAGACCUGUCACCCAGAUCCCACAAGCGAAAGCGGUUGGCCGAAGAUCUGGAGGCCCGGAAAAGGCAGCGACAGGAAGAUGAGCUGUUCGGUCUUGACUCCCAAACUGCCGAUGGGGAUGAGGAAGAGCACAUUCUUGAAGUUCCUGGACCGGUUGCCGACGACCAAGUUGCAGCGGAUCACGUCAAAUUACCGACGCACGAUCAAUCCGAAGACCGAGAGGGCUCGGUCGAGGACUCGGAUGACGAUGCCUCUGUCGAUGAACCCAUCGAUGAACCGAGAACCGAGAUUGAAUGGGGCGUGUCCAGGGGUGAGCCUCGUGCCACUGUGGAAGAUGACGAAAGUAUCGUCCUUGAUUUGGACGGCUGGCAACACUUGAUCAAAGAUGAUGAAGACCUGCGAUUCCUUCGCGAGGUUCUAUUGGAUCAGUCAGGAUCCAACAUUGGCAGUCUGGGGGCAUGGGGUUGGAAGCAGAAAGAGAUCAAAGCUCUCAAUGGAUUGGAAACAGGCACUACCGCACAUCCCAUCAGCAUCACGGGCUACUAUGUGCCCAACGUCACGGGGGCUGCCCGGACGGAAGGCCGAAAAAGAAUCAUGGAGGCAGAAAAGUCCAAGUACCUCCCUCAUCGGAUCAAGGUCCAAAAGGCCCGUGAGGAGCGUGAGGCCAAUUCCACGGCAGAUCCCCAGGCCGCUGCGGCUGAGGCUGCCCGGAUCGCUGCCGCCAAAACCAUCUCGAAGUCGACUUCCCGGUCGACGCGAGUCAAUAAUCGACGACUCAUUGCCGACAUCAAUGCCCAGAAGCAAGCACUUCCCACUGCAAAUGGUGAGGGAGAUGUUCUGCGUUUCAAUCAGCUCAAAAAGCGCAAGAAGCCUGUGCGCUUUGCUCGCUCCGCCAUUCACAACUGGGGGCUGUAUGCCGAAGAGAACAUCACCGCCAAUGAUAUGAUUAUUGAGUACGUGGGCGAGAAAGUACGCCAGCAAGUUGCCGAUAUGAGAGAAAGACGGUACUUGAAGAGUGGAAUUGGUAGCAGUUAUCUAUUCCGAAUUGACGAGAACACCGUCAUCGAUGCCACUAAGAGAGGCGGCAUUGCCCGCUUCAUCAAUCACAGCUGUACUCCCAACUGCACCGCCAAAAUCAUCAAGGUGGACGGCAGCAAACGCAUUGUCAUCUAUGCGCUCAGGGACAUCGAGCGAGGUACGUCUAAGAGUCAUUACAUUCCGGCUGCGCAAUUACUAACCCUGGGUUCAGAUGAGGAGUUGACUUACGAUUACAAGUUCGAGCGAGAAUGGGACAGCGAUGACCGAAUUCCCUGCCUCUGCGGAUCGACGGGUUGCAAGGGUUUCCUCAAUUAA